UUAGGGACUCAACUGGCACUGUCAAUUUGCAAUGGCUUCUUUGUUCAGCUGCUUCUUGGAGUUGUAUUUCUUGCUAUUGUUGUUGUACAAUAGCCAAUGUUCAAGAGCAGAAGAGUCUUCGUCAAAAAGUAGUGCUAGUUUUGAAAAGGGGAGUAUUUACAUUGAUGGGUCAGCAGCCAUUGCAAAGAUAGAUGAGGAUUUCAUUUGUGCAACCUUAGAUUGGUGGCCUUCUAAUAAAUGUGAUUAUGGAACUUGUAGCUGGGGAAAUUCUUCUCUCCUUAAUCUUGAUCUAAGCAACAAGGUUUUGUUGAAUGCAAUUAGAGCGUUUUCGCCGUUAAAAAUUAGACUCGGAGGCACAUUGCAAGACAAAAUAGUAUACCAAACGGCGCAUUAUGAGCAACCAUGUUCUCCUUUUCUCCUUAAUAAUAAAGAGUUGUUUGGCUUCACCCAAGGUUGCUUACCUUUGUCUCGUUGGGAUGAACUCAACCAAUUCUUCAAGAAAACGGGGGCAAAAGUAACUUUUGGGUUGAAUGCUUUAAAUGGAAAGACGAUAGCUCCUAAUGGCUCUGCUUUGGGAGAUUGGGAUUCCAGCAAUGCAGAGUCUUUCAUCAGAUAUACGGUUAGCAGAGGUUAUACUAUCCUCGGCUGGGAACUUGGAAAUGAAUUGAAUGGAAAUGGAAUUGGUGCAAAUAUCACAGCCAAUCAGUACAGCCGUGAUGUCAUCGCACUUCACAAAUUACUGCAAGAAAUAUACAAAGGGAAGGACGUUAUGCCAUUAGUCCUUGCACCAGGAGGAAUAUUUGACGUUGUUUGGUUCUCAAAGCUUAUAGAUAAAGCAUCCAAUUAUCUUCAAGUGGUUACACAUCACAUUUACAAUGUUGGCGGAGGCAAUGACAGCGACCUAGUUCAGAAAAUACUUGAUCCUUCUCAUCUGGAUGAAGACUCCGAAAUAUUCAGACAUGUUCAAGGUGUUCUCCAAAAGUUUGGAACUUCAUCAGUAGCAUGGGUUGGUGAAAGUGGAGGGGUUUAUAACAGUGGUCGCGAUCUUGUUUCCAAUAGCUUUGUGUCCAGCUUUUGGUAUUUGGAUCAGCUUGGGAUGUCAGCCACGUUCGACACUAAGACAUAUUGUCGACAAACAUUGGUUGGUGGAAACUAUGGUCUCCUCAAUACCAUAACUUUUCAUCCAAAUCCUGAUUAUUAUGGCGCUCUUCUUUGGCACCGUUUGAUGGGAAGGUCUGUUCUGUCAACACAAUUCAAAGGAACGAAAAAGCUACGAGCUUAUACCCACUGUUCAAAAUCUUCUGACGGAAUCACACUGUUGUUGAUCAACAUGGAUGGUGGUGCAACGGUUAAUGUAAGUGUUUCGGUCACACUUGCUAACGCAAACAAGGUGUCACUGCUGCUGCGAGACAUAAAUGAUCAGAAUCCGAGACACGAAAUCUGGAGGGAAGAAUAUCACCUUACAGCCAAAGAUGGUGAAUUACAUAGCCAAACAGUGCUUUUGAAUGAAAAGGAACUUAGUGUAGAUCAUUUUGGAAGAAUCCCUCACUUGGAACCUCUACGAGUGAAAUCGUCCGAACCAUUAGCUAUUGCUCCUUUCUCAAUUGUAUUUGUUGACAUCCCCAUUGUUCAAGUUCCUGCUUGCAGUAUGUUUACCAGAGAGUACAUGUAAGGGUUGCUUCCUUUCCUUGAUCAUGAAUUGAUUUGGAGUAAUAAAAUAAAAAUAAAAGAUUUGAUUUCGGUAAUAAA